AUUGCAUGAAAUUGGAAAAAUGUCGGAAACAUUAGAGAUGCAAACCGAUGAGCGGGAAGCCCUGCAAUCAAUUUACGAAGGCGAUGAGGCAUUUAAAGAAAUCGACCCAACCACAUUUCAAUACAAGUACGGUGAAGAUGACAACUUCAGGUCAUUUCUAGUGGAAAUAAAAUGGGGUGAAAAUUAUCCAAAUGAACUGCCAACCAUUAAUAUGGAUACCUUCUAUAAUCGGAAUUUAGUUCCAGCUGUCAAACAAAAAAUACAAAGUGCCCUCAAAGAAGAAGGCGAACAAUGGCUGGGCUGUGGUAUGACCUAUACAUUAUUCGAGUGCCUCAAAGAACGUUUAGACGAACUGACAAGUGAACAGCCCGAACAUGUGGCCACACAAUCCAUUGACCUGAAUAAGGUGGGCGUAAGUGCAAUUCAAAUAUCCGACAAUACCACCGACACACAAAAGAAGGAGGUGAAGAAGGAACAACUAACCAAAGCACAAAAACGUCGACAAUGGGAACGAACGGAUAAUAAAGGUGAACGUCCACGCGGUUGGAAUUGGGUUGAUAUUGUUAAGCAUUUAUCACAGACCGGCUAUAAAGAAGAACAGAAGGCAGCGAAUGCUGCCAAUACAAGUCUUCCAGUUAAUGGUUGA